AUGAUGACAGCACAAAUACAUAAGAGAUACACAAGGGCUAGGGCGUCCCCCUCAAGCGACGUGGACACUCAGAUUGCGAACAAUGCGAUGGGAUAUAGAGGCUAUACAAAUACUAGGGCGUCCCCCCGAAGCGACGGCGACAAGAACAACCAUUCGCAUACACCUUUUAGCAAUAAGCUUAGAUUAGGGACUUGGAAUCUUGGUACACUAACCGGACGCAGUGCAGAACUAAGCGAAAUAUUGCAUAACAGAGAACUUAAUGCAUGCUGUGUUCAGGAAACUAAGUGGAAAGGAUCCAAAUCUCGCGAAAUCGGCCACGGAUACCAGCUAAUAUACCACGGGGUAGAUGCAAGGCGUAAUGGAGUUGGAAUUAUCUUGGACCAGAACUUGAAACAGAGAAUUAUUAAUGUUGAUAGGAAAAGUGAUCGAUUAAUAGCAAUCAAGCUCGCAAUGGAUAACCAACCAGUACUAAAUAUCAUCUCAGCAUAUGCACCUCAGGCCGGAUGUCCGGUAAGGGAAAAGGACGUUUUCUGGGAAGAUUUGGAUGAACUUCUUCAAACAAUUCCAUCCGAAGAAUGCAUACACAUCGGUGGAGACCUAAACGGGCACGUGGGAGCCAGCACUGGAACUUUCCCAAACACCCAUGGAGGUUACGGCUUCGGUGCUAGGAAUCAGGAGGGUUUAAAUAUUUUAAAUUUCUUAUCUAAGUACAACUUUAAAAUUGUCAACACACAUUUCAAGAAAAAGGACGAGCAUCUAAUAACAUAUAAAACCGCGAAGUGUGCAACACAAAUAGAUUACAUAGUCACCAAUAACUCUUGGUUCAGGUACUAUAAGGACUGUAAAGUCAUACCAGGGGAGGCUAUCACUUCCCAACACAGGCUUCUGGUUGCAAUUGUACAACUACCUAAACCUAUAACAACACGGCGAGAUAAAAGUGAACGAAUUAAGUGGAAGGAACUGAACGGUGCCAAAGGAAACCAGUUUAUAAGCGCGUUAUCUUUAUAUUUGGAAGAAGAUCUACACAAAAGCAAAACCGCUGAUGUUAUGUGGCGGGACUUCGAAAACGUGUGCCAGAAACAAGCCAAACAGAUACUCGGAGUUUCUAAGGGUGGUACUCCUAUCAAGAAGGAUACUUCCUGGUGGAGUGAUGAGGUCAAGCUCAUAAUAAAGGCAAAACGGGACGCAUUUCACAAGUGGCAGAGGUCGGAAAUGGAGAAGGACCGCUUGGAGUACAAAUCAAUGAAGUCUCUUGCUAAAACAACAGUCGCACAGGCGAGAGCCAUAUCAAGGCAAGACUUCUACGAUAAACUGGAAAAUGCUCCGAACGAAAACACAAUUUUUAAGAUCGCUAAACAACGGCAUGGUCCACCCUAG